AUAUAGACAGAUAGAAGUAGAUCUUUUUUCCCAUAGAAAUGAUCAGUGCAUCAGAGACCACCACCCUAGACUAGAGGAGCUGAACUUUUAGUUGUAGCAUCGUAGGUGGUUCUUUAUGGGGAGGACAGCGAGAUUGUGGAAUGCCCUGCCGGGUGAUGUUGUGAUUCUGUUACAGUAACUCCUAUUAACUACUUUAGGAGUUGCUUGGAUGAUUUCUUGAACUAGCAUAAUAUCCAAGGCUAUUGAGAUUUUAAGAUCUACAGUUAGUCAGUAUAGGUAAUGGUAUAUUUAGCUUAUAUACUGUAUGUGAGGACUGUCUGCGUGUAUAUAUGUGCACUGAGGUUCAUUUCGAGGGGUUGGACUUUGAAAUCUGUAAGAAUGUGACAGUUGCAUCUGUAUUGCUUGUUUCAUUGUCCUGUAAUCAGCCCUUUCUCAAAAUAUACACUUGCUAGAUCUUUUCCACACGAACUGUGUGUCUCUCUUUUCUGUUGCAUCUCCAUUUGUGUCAACUUUUUGGCUUCUGCUUCUGAAGUCAUCCUCUGUGGGCUAAGUGAAAACUAUAAUGUGAAUAGAAAUUAAUCUACUGGUUCUUCAUCUUACUCACCACCAUAACUUGUGUCUUCUAUUUUUCACUUCAGUCACAUCAUCAUCAUGGUGUAUCACAUGAACAUCAUUAAAUUACUGGGUAUGGUAUAUUGUAAAGGUUUUUCAUCUUAAAUCUUAACUAUCUUUAACCCAUAUGGCCUGCAGUAACUGCAAUGAUGAUCAUUGAUAAUACAUAAAUAUGUUCAGUUUAAUAUACAAAAGUCAAUGACAAUACAACAAAUCAAUUAUAUUUAGUUUUGGCAUGCAUUUGCACCAUUAUCAUUAUGCUUUAACACGUUUAACUUAUCCAUGGCAUUAAAUACGUAUAAUGAUUUUAUUUUGAAAGUUCUGAUUACUGGAAUAGGGGUUAUCUGUAUAUGCUUAAUGUCAGCCACAUGGAAAAGAAAUACUAACAAAAUCUAAUUACCAAUGGAUUUUGUGUCUGAAAGGCUCUUGUGGUAUUCCCUCUUCAGUCUCUAUGGAACAAGAUGAAAUCAGACUUUCAAUAAGAUUACUCAAAGCAAAAAGAAUGGAUAGUCAGUUAGCCAAGUGUCAGGUAACUGUUUGCAUUCACCGUUAGUCCCACAAAGUGUUUUUAUUUUUUCUGUGUAGCUGGAACUUACACCUCUGUCUGGGACUGUGCUGAAGCCUAGGUUUAAGUACAAGAAAAUUUCUAUGAGAUCAUCAGCUAUGGUACAUUUAUUUCUUCUUGUAACAGUUCUUUCAGUUUCUCUUCCUGGAUCUUCUGCUUUCCAUAUGAAGAAUUCAAGUGUGCAUGAUUUGACUAAUUACCUUCUGACUGACUAUAGCAAAGGAGUAAGACCAGUGAAAAACUGGACCCAAGCCACCACAAUUUACAUUGAUCUAUUUAUCCAUGCUGUGUUAGAUGUUGAUGGACAGAAUCAGAAGUUGACUAGCAGUAUCUGGUACAGACAGAUGUGGAGAGAUGAAUUUUUAACAUGGAAUUCCAGUCAGUUUGAUGGAAUUGAAGAAAUUUCUCUUCCUCUUAGUGUUAUAUGGGUCCCCGAUAUUGUCAUUAAUGAAUUUGUUGAAGAUGGGAAAUCACCAGAUCUACCUUAUGUCUAUGUGAGCUCCUCAGGAACCAUCAGGAACUACAAGCCGAUGCAAGUGGUAUCGGCAUGCAACCUGGAAACAUAUGCAUUCCCUUUUGAUGUACAAAACUGCAGCCUUACUUUCAGCAGCUGCUUGCAUACAGUAAAUGACUUGAAUAUCUCAAUUUGGAGAAGUUCUGAAGAAAUCAGUAAGGAUAAAAGCAUAUUUCUGAAUGAUGGUGAAUGGGAGCUUCUCUCUGUUCCUUCCAGCUUUGAAAUCCUGCACACCCAAGGUGGAAACUUUGCCCAAGUCCAUUUCAAUCUUGUUAUACGCCGGCGCCCUAUGCUGUACGUUGUUAACAUUCUUCUUCCCAGCAUUUUGCUUAUGGUCGUUGAUCUUAUGAGCUUCUACCUACCUCCUAAUAGCAGGACACGGAUAAUGUUCAAGACCAGCAUCCUUGUUGGUUACACAGUAUUUCGAGUCAACAUGGCAGAUGAACUACCAGCUACCACCCUGAUGGUGCCAUUAAUUGGUGUGUUCUUUAUAGUGUGUAUGGUUCUUAUGGUUUUGAGUCUUGGAAAAUCAAUCUUCGUGAUAAAGUUUCUUCACAUGGACAAAGAAGAUACAAGGGGUCCCCUUGUCUCUCAGUGCCUAUUGCUAACUAAAAAUAAUCAUAGGGAUGACACAGAAGAGAAAUCUCUGAGCUCUACAACUGAGAUAGAAGAGAAUCUGGAUGGGGAAGGAGAAGCAGACAGGGCAGACCUGCUCAGUUCUACAUCAGAUGACCUGAAAAUGGGGGAAAUCUUGGCAGAAGUGGCUUUAAUACGUUCCAACAUGCUGAAAAUGGAGUCAGAAGAGAUAUGGCACACCCACUGGCUCACUCUGUGCUACAAACUAGACAGCCUAUUAUUUAAAGCUUAUAUGUUGGUCUUCACAGCCUAUGCAGUUACACUCAGUCUAUUGUGGUGGGCAUGGAGCUCUUAUACGGUGUAAUUUUACCCAAAAUGUGUUUAUAUCUUAUAUUACCCAUUAAUAUGCAUUACGUAACACUUACUUUGUUUACACAACAGAAUAUGUAUGCACAUUUUGGGUUGAUACUGACAUAAAUUGUGAUUAGUGAUAGUAUUUUAGGUAUAAUAUACAGGUGAAAAUGUGAAAUCAGUUUUUGAGCUACUUAAAACUUUGGUGACUAGGUUAACCUUUAACAUCAAAUGUUACUUACAGUAUGUGUACAAAGGGGUAAUCAAAAUCAAGCUCUUUUUAAAAAAUGUGAUUUUUGAAGGCUGUAAUAAGGUAUUAAUAUACAAUUCUGAAGUGGUUUAUGGCAUUCACUGCAGUAUUCAUGAAGGGUAUCAUGUAAAUACCAUAGAAGCUGACAAGCUAGAAGUAAAUAUAAUGGUCUUAAUAUUUAUAUCUGGACACACUUAAUGCCUCCCACCUCCCAACAGCUCUCAAACUCCUCUCCAGAAUACUACCAUUUUGGGUGGUAGUAGGGGAGGAGUGUAAUGUGUUUAAAGAGGCUAACAACAGAGGGCUUUCCAUGGAGAACGUAUAAUUAUAUGUGUGUAUAUAACAUUUGGUAUCCAUUAUUUUCCACCUAUGCUUUAAAGCGGUGACUCCUUGGAUGUUGAGCCCAGUGGCCUCAAAUUCGGUGCCCAUUUUUGAAUUUCUGCCUUGGAGGCAAGUGUUGAUUGCAUAAAACCCAGUGUAAAGCCAUACAAAGCCUUCUAUAGGCUGCUAUAGGGGCUACCAAAUAGCGAAUUAUAGCUCUUUUUUCACCCCUGCUGUGUUGCUCCUCAACACCUUUUCCAUUUGAAUGUGGCUCACGGGUAUAAAAGGUUUGGGAUCCGCCUUAAAGGGACCACGCCAUGCUGAAUAUACAGGAAUAGUAAGGGUUAGAUGGGUUGUAAAAGACUGUGGUCUUGGGAACACUACCUGAAGCUUUCAACAAGGUCCCACAGAAGAAGGAAUUAGCUAACCUAAAUGUCAUAGAACAGUAACCAAGAGAAAAAUGAGAAAAGCAAAAGAAAUGGGAAGGAGAAAAAAUGAUAGCAGAGGGGACUACAAGGAGGGAGCAAAGAAGAAAAGGGAGUGAGAGCAAAACAAAGAAGAAGGGGUAACAGCAUAACGGGAAGUGGAAAAUCUUAUGAACUACCUGUUCUGUCUCUACAAUGAAUGGAUUAAUGUUGUUAGCAAUAUAUUGUAAUGCAUGCGGUUUUAAAAAAAGCAAGUAAUUAAUAAAAAGAAAGUCUGUGUUCA